AUGCCUAGCUCUAUUCUCGAAUCAUUCUCCCUGAAGGAUAAAACCGUGGUUAUCACGGGUGCUACAGGAGGAAUUGGGCUGGAGAUUUCCAUAGCCCUGGCAGAGGCAGGUGCCAACAUUAUCUCUAUCGAGAUACCCCGAGAUCCGUCGAGCCCGGAGCUACGUCGUGCCAUCGAGGCAACGAACCAUCAUUUCACUGUAUUUGAGUGCAAUCUCAAAGAUCACCAGUCUAUCCAUGACACCUUUGCUGCCAUACGGAAGUCGGGCGUUAUUCCGGACAUCUUGGUCAACUGCGCCGGCAUUACCAGACAUAUGCUGAUCGAGGAUACGCCUGUCCAGGACCUGGAUGAUGUGAUGUCCAUCAAUUUUCGAGGCACAUAUCUAUGCAUUCAAGAAUUUGGGCGAGAGCUGCUUCGCCUGAAGCGACCGGGGAAGAUCAUCAACUUUGCCUCCAUCGCGUCAUUUCUUGCUCAGACAAAUAUUUCGGCGUAUUGCAGUAGCAAGGCUGCUGUGCAGAAUCUGACAAGAGCUGUUAGUAACGAGUGGGCUGGCCGGGGUAUAACGUGUAACGCAAUAUGUCCAGGUUUCAUUCAUACCAAGAUGUGCGAGGAUCUGCACACCGAUGAGGAAUUCUCCGCCAGGGUUGUAGCGAGAACAUCCAUGGGCCGAUGGGGAGAGCCACAGGACUUGCGCGGUCUAGCUGUCUUUCUUGCAAGCCGUGCAAGUGAUUUCAUAACGGGGGAGAGCAUCUACAUUGACGGAGGCAUCAUGGGUCGGUAG